UUUCUCUGCCUAUUAUCUGAGUGACUCUGGGUUUUGGUGUCUGCCUCCGAGCGCGUGUGUGUGUGUGUGUGUGUAUGUUGGAGGGAGAAAAGAGAUAAAGAGAGAGAGAGUAAAGGGAGGGAGAGGCAAGCAGCGUUUCUUCUCCCCCCUUUAGCCUCCCUGUCUCCCUGCUCCCUGUCACUCCAUCCUUCCUCCCCUCUCCUGGACCACCCUCCAGCCCUGCUUCAAGCCGGACCGAGACCCCCCCUACCACCCAGACCACCCCGGGACCCUUUGACUCUCCUCACUUCUCCGUCCCACCAACCAAAACCUCUGAGCAGGAAUUCCUCUCCUCUCCUCUCCUCUCCUCUCCUCUCCUCUCCUUCCCUGGAGCGCUGACUGUCAAUAACUCAACUGCACAGUAUCCGCGGAACCCACUUCAACAAUUUAUUUGAUCCUAAUACGCUUCUGCCGGACAGGCGCAGCAAAGUGCAUCGGCUAGACGUCUAGCCUCCCCAUUCUGCUGGAAGGCUGUCAGCCACAGGUCACAUGACCUGGAAGAAAAAAGCUGGGAGACUUUUGGGAUCCCUCUUCGCAUGGGCUGGUUAUCAACCUGAAGGGAAGUCCAAAGGCUGAUGAACUGACCUGUGUCUGUGAGACCACAUUGCUCUGGUGUCCUGUAUGCCCUGGGAACACAACACCCAGCGCAAAUCUGGUGACUGGCUGGCUGGAAUACCACCCUACCCCUUCUCCUUUUGACGACAUCCCAUUCCAGGACGGUGCUUUGGUCUCAUAUCCCCCCCGCAUGGAGCCCAACAAAGUCCAGUCAGAGGGUGGCCUCAAUGUCACCCUCACCAUCCGCCUCCUCAUGCAUGGAAAAGAGGUUGGAAGUAUAAUUGGGAAGAAAGGGGAAACCGUAAAAAAGAUGCGAGAAGAGAGUGGAGCACGAAUCAAUAUUUCUGAGGGCAACUGUCCAGAGAGGAUUGUCACCAUCACUGGACCAACAGACACCAUCUUCAAGGCUUUUGCUAUGAUUGCCUACAAAUUUGAGGAGGACAUAAUCAAUUCCAUGAGCAACAGCCAAGCAACCAGCAAGCCCCCAGUCACCUUAAGGCUGGUAGUGCCAGCCAGCCAGUGUGGCUCCCUCAUAGGUAAAGGAGGCUCCAAAAUAAAAGAAAUGAGAGAGUCCACAGGGGCCCAGGUUCAGGUAGCGGGGGACAUGCUGCCCAACUCCACAGAACGUGCAGUGACAAUCUCUGGGACUCCAGAAGCCAUCAUCCAGUGUGUCAAACAGAUCUGUGUGGUCAUGCUGGAGUCUCCACCAAAAGGUGCCACCAUCCCUUAUCGCCCAAAGCCCGCCUCCACCCCGGUCAUUUUUUCAGGUGGCCAGGCCUACACAAUUCAGGGACAGUAUGCCAUACCACAUCCAGAUCAGUUGACCAAGCUUCACCAGUUGGCUAUGCAGCAAACCCCCUUUACCCCUCUCGGACAGACCACCCCUGCUUUCCCUGGUUUGGAUGCCAGUCCACCAGCCAGCACCCAUGAACUCACCAUUCCUAAUGAUCUAAUAGGCUGCAUCAUUGGACGCCAGGGAACCAAAAUAAAUGAGAUUCGUCAGAUGUCUGGAGCGCAGAUCAAAAUUGCGAACGCCAUGGAGGGCUCGUCAGAGCGCCAGAUCACCAUCACAGGGACUCCUGCUAACAUCAGCCUGGCCCAGUAUCUCAUCAAUGCCAGGUUCAGGGACGUGGCUGCCAUGUGGAAUGACCCCUCAUCCAUGACUACAUCCUGAAGUCACCCCAAAUCUGCUUCUGUUUGCAGAAGCUAACAUCAAAACCACCGCUUCACAAUUAACCUCUAUGUGUUAUUCCAUGGAACUUCCCCUAGACUCCUUUGGUUUGACAUAACACUUUAGCAUUAGCCUGUGGGAGACCUGCAGUAAAAGUCAGACAACACUGGGAUGUGUUUUAAAUGGAUGUAGCCAGUGUACCGUUAGACAUUUUGGGAUAUUAUUGUUAUUUUUGCUUAGAGUUAGAUAAGAAGAUCGAUUCCACUCUCAUCUCUGUCAGUUAAAUAUGAAGCUAGAUCCAGGACACGGUUAGCUUAGCUUAGCAAAGGCUGGAAACAGCUAG